AUGAAUACCUAUCGACAACAUUCAGGUACGUCGAACAGUGAUUCAGAUAAUGAUGGUGAAAAACAUCCAAAAAUACCUGAGCGUCAAUCAUCAGUAACAUCUAAACGUCGAGUAACUUUUAGUUCAAAGAAUGUCAAUGAAAUAUCAUCACCAACGAAAGUACGUCCACGCCGUUUGCGUACAACAAGUCGUUCAAUUGAUGAACGUAUAUCAUUUUGUGGUCGAAAUCCAAUUUAUACCGCCGGUCGUCCAGCAUGGUAUGAUGCAUCUGGUGAAAUAAAAGAAGCAUUUGUUAUUGGUAUUUGUGGUGGAAGUUCAAGUGGAAAAACUACAGUUGCAGAAAAUAUUGUAGAAAAAUUAAAUGUACCUUGGGUAACUCUAUUAAGUAUGGAUUCAUUUUAUAAAGUUUUAACUGCUCAACAACAUGAACAAGCAAAAGCAACUAAUUAUAAUUUUGAUCAUCCAGAUGCAUUUGAUUUUGAAUUACUUCUUGAAACAUUACGAAAUCUUAAAAUGGGCAAACAAGUUGAAAUUCCAUUAUAUAAUUUUACUACACAUUCUCGUGAAACAUAUACAGUAAAAAUUAAAAAAAUUCUCUAUGGUGCUAAUGUUGUUAUUUUUGAAGGAAUUAUGUCAUUUGUUAGUAAAGAUAUUCUUAAACUUCUUGAUAUGAAAGUAUUUGUUGAUACAGAUGCUGAUAUUCGUCUUGCACGUCGACUUGAAAGAGAUAUAAGUGAACGUGGACGAGAAGUUGAAGGUAUUAUACGACAAUAUACACGUUUUGUUAAACCUUCUUAUGAUCAUUAUAUUGCACCGACGAUGGCUUAUGCGGAUCUGAUUGUUCCAAGAGGUGGUGAAAAUCAAAUCGCUAUUGAUUUAAUUGCAAAUCAUGUCAAUCGAGAACUGCAUAAUCGUGGUGUAAAAGUUCGAAAUGAACUUGUACAUCGUUCUGACAUUAUGUGUGAUUUACCAAUGCCUAGUACAUUUUAUAUUAUUGAACAGACAGCGCAAGUUAAAUAUCUUCAUACAAUUAUAAGAAAUAAAGAUACUGAUCGUGAUGAAUUUAUUUUUUAUUCGAAACGUCUUAUGCGAAUAUUAUUUGAAUAUGCUUUAUCUCUACUACCAUUUGAAAAUGUCACUGUUGAAACACCACAAGGUCUUAUAUAUCAUGGAAAAAAACAUGUGUAUUCAGAUGUUUGUGGUGUAUCUAUUGUUCGAGCUGGUGAAUGUCUAGAACCUGCAUUAACUGAAGUAUAUAAAGAUGCUAAAAUUGGUAAAAUUUUAAUACAAACAAAUCAACAAACUGGUGAACCAGAACUUCAUUAUCUUCGAUUACCUCGUGAUAUUGCUAAUACUUAUGUAUUAAUUCUUGAUGCUACUAUUGCGACUGGAGCGGCAGCAUUAAUGGCUAUACGAGUUUUAUUAGAUCACAAUGUUCCACAAGAAAAAAUUGCACUUCUUUCAUUAUUAGUGUCAAAACAAGGAGUUCAUACAAUUGCAUAUGCUUUUCCAAAAGUAAAAAUAGUUACAACAGCAUGCGAUACUCAACUUGAUCAUGAUACGGGUUUUAUAUGUCCUGGUUUAGGGAAUUUUGGUGAUCGAUAUUUUGGAACAGAUUUCAUUGGAUAUUCAUCGGAUACAGAUGAUACACCGACUAGUAUAAAUGGAAAUGGUAGUUUUCAACCUUGUACACCAGAAUCACCUUUAUCGGACUCAAGAAAAUUUUUGAAUGAAUCAUGA